AUGAAGAAGGAGGUGUGCUCCGUGGCCUUCCUCAAGGCCGUGUUCGCCGAGUUCCUGGCCACCCUCAUCUUCGUCUUCUUUGGCCUGGGCUCGGCCCUCAAGUGGCCGUCGGCGCUGCCCUCCGUUCUGCAGAUCUCGCUGGCCUUUGGCCUGGCCAUAGGCACCCUGGCCCAGGCCCUGGGGCCUGUGAGCGGCGGCCACAUCAACCCCGCCAUCACCCUGGCCCUCUUAGUGGGCAACCAGAUCUCGCUGCUCCGGGCUGUCUUCUACGUGGUGGCCCAGCUGGUGGGUGCCAUUGCCGGGGCCGGCAUCCUCUAUGGGUUGGCGCCGCUCAAUGCCCGCGGCAACCUGGCCGUCAACGCGCUCAACAACAAUACAACGCAGGGCCAGGCCAUGGUGGUGGAGCUGAUUCUGACCUUCCAGCUGGCACUCUGCAUCUUCUCCUCUACUGACUCCCGACGCACCAGCCCUGUGGGCUCUCCAGCUCUGUCCAUUGGCCUGUCUGUCACGCUGGGCCACCUUGUGGGGAUCUACUUCACCGGCUGUUCCAUGAACCCAGCCCGUUCUUUCGGCCCCGCAGUGGUCAUGAAGCGGUUCAGCCCCGCGCACUGGGUAUUCUGGGUGGGGCCCAUCGUGGGAGCUGUCCUGGCUGCCAUCCUCUACUUCUACCUGCUCUUCCCCAACUCCCUGAGCCUGAGUGAGCGUGUGGCCGUCUUCAAAGGCACAUAUGAGCCUGAGGAGGACUGGGAGGAGCAGCGGGAGGAGCGGAAGAAGACCAUGGAGCUGACUGCCCGCUGA